AUGACGCAGAAGGAGGGGCCAGACCUGGAGCUGUCGGUGGAUUCUGUCGCCGGUGAGUUCUCGCUCUCGGGUUGCUGUGACACGGACCGAAUUCCCAUAUUUCCCACCGAUGGAGAGAUGAUGGCGGCCGUGUGCCCAGUUAGUGAUUCUGAUCCCCCAAGAAGAGCCGUCCCACCUGAAGGCACCGCUCACACAACGGAUGACUUCCUGCUGCAAACUCCAAGGAAGAGGAACCGCAGGACAAGGUGUGACCCUGUGAAGGUUUUGUCAGCUGAUGUUCCAGUCGGUUGCAGGUCACUUGGGCACCUAACAAUCCCUACCAGUCAGCGGAGAACCAUCUUAAACCGUGGCCUUGUAUUGGGUGGAUCAGAGAGUGAAGACUGUUCAGAGUCCUGCACUCUAGCUAUGGAUUUAGAGUCUUAUAUUUGUAUUGAGUGCGGUCAAAGCUUUUCUCAGGAGACGUCGUACAUUGAGCACCGCCAGUUACACAACCCAUAUAUUCCAGGAGUUGUCCUUACUGCCAGUAGUAGGGAAUGUGACGGUGACCCUAAAAUCUGCUCUGCAGAGCAGAAGCGAUCAGGGAGAGAGUUUGUGUGUGCAGAUUGUGGUAAAACAUUUAUUGGGAAGUCCAAUCUCAUCGUUCAUCAGCGCUCCCACACUGGUGAGAAGCCAUAUGGCUGCAUCUUCUGUGGGAAACAUUUUGGACGGAGUUCGGUUCUUCGUAAACAUGAGCGCAUUCACACAGGUGAGAAGCCGUAUGCGUGUGUGUACUGUGGAAAACAAUUCAGCCAGAAUUCUGGACUGAAGAACCAUGAGCGCAUUCACACAGGUGAGAAGCCAUACGCUUGUAUCGAAUGUGGACGACGGUUCAGUCAGAGCGCCGACCUCAUGGUUCAUUAUCGGACCCACACAGGUGAAAAGCCUUUUAUAUGUAUUGAGUGCGGAAACAGCUUCAUCCGCAGCUCUGACCUUGUCAUACACCAAAGAACUCAUUCUGGCAUUAAACCAUUUGCUUGUACAGAGUGCGGGAAAAGCUUUAGUCAGAGAUCCCAAAUUAUACGCCACCGGAGAACCCACACCGGCGAGCGGCCAUUUACCUGUGAAGUGUGCAGAAAAAGCUUUAUCCUCAGCUCAGAACUAAAGAAACAUCACCGUGUCCAUACAGGAGAGAAGCCCUACAAGUGUAAAGACUGUGGAAAGUCCUUCCGUCAUUGCUCCAACAUGAGCCGUCACCAGAAGAUGCACAUCGAGCUGGAGCUUCUCUAGAUGUCCUCAUACCAUGUGAUACAUGGGCUGUGCGUGCUUCAAUCACUGCUCCACGGUGAACGG